AUGAAUGUUUAUGUUUCCUGCUGGCUCGCUUGGGCCCUCGCGGUUGGGGCUCAAUUUCAAAGCUUUUCUCCGCUGGGACCCAAUGGACUCACCUAUAGUAUUCAUAUCCCCGCUGCUACUGCCAACUCCAGCACCGCGGGACCCAUCUAUUUUCAAAUGAAUUCGACUCGCCGCAUAGAGUGGUUUGCCCUGGGCCAGGGAGACCACAUGGAUGGGGCUAAUAUGUUCGUGGUGUAUACCUCCGGCGACAAUGUGACGGUUUCCCCGCGGUCCGGUGCGGGACAUACGCAGCCCCUGUAUAACCCUGAGGCGCAGAUUACAGUCAUGAAUGGCAGCGGAGUCCAUGGGCCAAUGAUCACGGCCAAUAUAAAGUGUGACAGCUGCAUCCAUUGGAGACAGGGCAGCAUGAACCCGACCAGCGCGAGCAGUUCAUGGAUCUGGGGGGUUCGUUAUGGAAUGCCACUACAGUCACGUAGUUUGUCGACAAACAUUCUCGAACAUGAUGUGAUGGGCGUCGAAACAGUGGAUUUGACGAAAGCCACUGGCCAGACCAGCGUGAACCCCUUUGCCGACAUCAUCAGUACCAGCGCGAAUGCCAAUGCCGACUACCCUUUUCCAGAGGCUGUCUUCCAUGGCAAGAAGAUUGCCCACGGGGUCCUGAUGGUAGUCGCAUUCGUCCUCUUGUUCCCUUUUUCUGCGCUGAUCCUACAUCUUUCUUCGUCGUCCAAUAUCGUGAGGAUUCAUGGGGGACUGCAACUGUUUGCCUUGGUUGUUGCCAUCGUCGGACUUGGUCUGGGAGUCUCCAUGAGCCGGCAGAUCCAUAACUUGGUGCACUACCAUGUCAUAAUUGGGAUUGUGGUGGUUGCCAGCUUGGCCCUCUUCCAGCCUGCCAUGGGUCUUCUCCAGCACCGAUUCUUCCGCAAGACUGGCGGAAAGGGACCUUUUGCCUACAUGCACCGUUGGUUUGGGCGGAUCAUGAUCGUUUUGGGAGUGAUCAAUGUGGGACUGGGAUUUCAGUUCACGGGAGUCGGCGACCCCGAUGCUCCCCGCAGUGCAGUGAUUGCUGUUGGGGUGAUAAUUGGAGUCAUUGGCGUAUUUUAUAUUUUGACAGUGGGAUAUGACAAUUUGAUGCGACGACGAGAAGCCUUGGCGCAAAGACGAUAA